GAGCCUGCCCGCCCCUGAGUCUGGAGCAGCAGCAGCGGUGGAAGCCUCACUGCCUCUCCUCGCCUCACCAGUGCGGGAACCACAGCAGCAGGAGAGCAGAAUGGACACGGAAGGGAGCCAGAGCAGCCUGUCCUCCGGCACGGACAACUCCCCCCACGACCCCUGCAAAAUGUUCAUCGGGGGUCUGAGUUGGCAGACAACACAAGAGGGCUUGAGGGAGUACUUCUGCAAAUUUGGCGAGGUGAAGGAGUGCAUGGUGAUGCGGGAUCCCGUCACCAAGCGGUCGAGGGGGUUCGGCUUCGUCACAUACGCAGAUCAGGACGGCGUGGAAAAGGUUUUGGCUCAAAACAGACACGAAUUGGAUUCCAAAACGAUCGACCCAAAGGUGGCGUUUCCCCGCCGGGCUCAGCCUAAGCUUGUCACCAGGACAAAGAAAAUCUUUGUUGGAGGGCUUUCAGUCAAUACAACCAUCGAAGAUGUGAAGCAAUACUUUGAUCAGUUUGGAAAGGUCGAUGAUGCUAUGCUCAUGUUCGACAAAACAACCAACAGACAUAGAGGUUUUGGCUUUGUCACUUUUGAGAAUGAAGACGUGGUUGAGAAAGUUUGUGAGAUCCAUUUCCACGAGAUCAACAACAAAAUGGUGGAGUGUAAGAAAGCCCAGCCCAAAGAAGUAAUGACACCAACAGGCUCCGCCAGGGGGCGCUCCAGGGUGAUGCCCUAUGGGAUGGACACCUUCAUGCUGGGGAUUGGCAUGUUAGGCUACCCUGGUUUCCAGACUACUACCUACACCAGCCGCAGUUACACUGGAAUUGCCCCUGGAUACACCUACCAGUUCCCAGAAUUCCACUUAGAGCGGACCCCCCUUCUGACAUCAUCCCACCCCCCUGAGCUGACAGCCAUUCCCCUCACUGCAUAUGGACCAAUGGCAGCAGCGGCAGCAGCAGCAGUGGUCAGAGGCUCCACCCCAUCACGCACAGCUGGCUUCCUGGGCACCAGCAGCCCCGGACCAAUGGCUGACUUGUACGCUGCAGCCAACCAAGACUCAGGAGUCAGCAGCUACAUCAGUGCCGCUAGCCCCGCCCCCAGCACAGGGUUUGGUCAUGGUCUAGGGGGUCCUCUGAUUGCCACUGCAUUUACUAAUGGCUACCACUGAGGAGGCACAGGUCACAGAGGAUUGGAGGGCUCCUCCUCUGUCUGCUGUUGUGCUAAUCAGAACGCUGUCUGCCCUUUGACGGCACAAUCUGAUUGGCUGGUCAUGGAUCUCCAGCCCGCUCUCCUGGCACCAUGUGGCUCCACCCACCGACUGAAGAUCUUUUUAAAACCAGAACUCUUGUUUUGCUGUACUAAUCUCACUUCAACACUUCCUCAGUUCUUCUCUUUUUUUUUGUCCUCAUGUAGUGCAACAACUAGUACCCGCCCACCCCACCACCUUUCUUCCUCAGUUAUCCAUUUCUUUCUUCUAUUGAAGCUGAGAGGAGAAAACUGCAAAAAUAUGUAUGAGAAGCCGAUGGAGUAGGACAACGAGGAACUGUUUUGAUUAUUUUUUAUGAUUUUAUUAUAAUGUGACGUGUUAUUUUAUUAUGAAAUCUUUCAAAGCUGUUACUGAUGUGAUAAAAAAAAAAAAAAACGUGAUAUGGGGGCAUUUUUAACAAAGGAAGAGCAAACCCAACAAAAAGUCCUUUUUUACGCUGCAACUGUCACUGAAAACACAGAUGAUGAAAAAAACAAAAAUGUAUAUUUUGGUAGUCUUGAAAAACAAAAACCUUUGUAAUAUUGUUAUUAAUAUUGACAUAAUAAUGAUAAUCUGUAAGGUAUUUUAUUCUGUAAUUGGUUUUAAAGCAAUGUUUUUAUGUCUUCCUGUAAGAUAUUGUACAUAGAGGCGGGGUGGGAUGGAGGGGAUUCUCAUUGGUUGGUUUUGACUGGAUGUCAUAUGCUACUGUCUGCGAGCAUCUCACUACUUUAACAGUAUGCAUAUGGUUAAAUGUGCACACUGUGGGUCAGUCUGCUCUUGUGUCACUUCAGUGCAUUGCUGAAAUGUGCAUUUUCAGGAGUUUGUGUGGUAUUUUUGCUCCGUUAAUCGACCAAAUUAUAUCGUUUUCUGCUUUACUUCCUUAAGAUGCAAGAUUGACUCUAGCAAGAUCAUGCAACUUAAGUUAAACACAACAGACUUAAGGAAGAAUAAUCACCCGAAAACAGGAGAAGGUGCAGUGCAGAGCUGUUCUUUUCAGUACAUUUUCAGGAUCUUAUCUUCUGGCCUGUUUUCUCAAAUUCGUCCCUUUUUCUGGAUAUAGCUCCUGAAAAAUACAAGAACGACUCUUGCAUCUUUAUGCGACCUGUUCCAGGCACGUAAAAUGGACUUAAUGAUAAAUAGUAACCUUAAAGAAGGAGAAAAUGCAUGGCAGCAGUUUGCUAUCAAGUAAAUUUUUAGGAUCAUGUCUGGCAUAUUUGUUCUUUUAAUCAUGAAAGUCACCCCCUUUUUAUUGCUUUACUCCUUCAAAAAUGCAAGCUAGACCUCUGCAUCUUCAUGUGACUCAUCUUAGAUAAACAAAAUCGACUUAUGAAGGAGUACAAUAACUGUAGAGAAUGCAUUGCAGCUGUCUAUUAUUCAAGACUUUGCGCAUAUUUGCAAAGUUAGUUAACAAAGUCAUCCCCUUUUUACUUUGUUUUUCCAAAAAUGCAAGUUGCAUCACUUGCAUCUUCAUGCUACCUGUUUCUGCUAAACAUAACGGACUUAUGGAAGAAUAACAACCUUAAAGCAGGAGAAAUUAGGGAUUCACAGGAAUGGGGUUUGGCUUCACUUCCUCUUUUUGAAAGUAUAUAUAUAUUUUUUUGAGCGGUUCUCUUAAUGUUUCUGUUUUGUUGCUCUCUUACUGAAAUACAUGUUUCUUUUAUGCGGUGUUGUCCACCGUGAAGACAAAUGAAGGACAUUCUCAGAGAACGCAGUUGUAAAAAAAGGAAAAAAAAAAAAUCACAAUCUUGUUCUGUCCUCUUAUCACUGUUUGAAAGUGCAUGUGGUUACAUCUGAGCGUGUGUGAGUCCGUGUUUGUGUGCAUACAUUCAGAGUGUAAUAUGGAACUACUUUUGGCAGCGAAGGAGCAUUUUUAUUGCCUUUUUUCUUUGGUACUGAAAAAAAGAGGUCACCCUGUUCCAUUUUGGCCCGCCUGCAUUUCUCCUAAAUCUGUGCUUCUCUGGAACCAACAUAUUAUUGUUUAUUAUAAGGUUGCUGCUCCAUGUGGAGGUGAACAGGCGGAACCAGAGCAGGGAACCAGAAAUGGAACAGGGUCACUCCCCCAGUCUGUUCUGAUACAGGAGCUCAGUACAAGAUGACUCUGGCUGGCAGGAAAUCCAGAAGAAGCAGAUUUUCAAACACAAGCUGCCUGCCUGUUCAGUCUUCUUUUUCUGACGUAGAAAACUUUCCUGUUGCGGCCUGUAGCUCCCCUGUCAGGCUGGGAUGUGGUUUAAAAAAAAUAAAUAAAUAGAAACUACUGCUGGACACCAACACUGUAACUUUUUAAACUUACAAUAAAGCAAUAAGUUAUUUUUUACCUUACAAAUGAAAAUAGUACUAUUAUUGGUAAUAGCAGACAAGAAGUGGAAAAUUCUGCGGCAUUAAGACUUAUUUUCUGGAAAAAAUAAACUAUAUUUUUCUGUUUUGAGAUGUUUUCCCCCUUGUAUAUUGCUUUUAAAGAUGCUUGUUGUUUUGAUGAUGUAUGGAAAAAGGCCAAUUUUUGGAGUGGAUCUCUGUGUGGGAUCGGGUAAAGAUUCUGACUGUCCCUCGCCAAGUUUUCCUUUUUUAUUUUUCUUUUCUGACAAUUUCAAUUUGAAGUUCCUAAUAAAUUAUUCUAAAGCAA